CUAGCAUUCAGGGUGAAUUUGGUAGGUGUGAGUGUUUAGAGUAUUUUGCAGUCAUUUCUGUUUCUAUUGCUGUUUUUAUCUGAAUUAAUUUCGGGUGUCUUUUAUGAAUAAUCAAAAGCAGCAAAAGCCAACGCUAACAGGCCAGCGUUUUAAAACUAGGAAAAGAGAUGAAAAGGAGAGGUUUGACCCUACUCAGUUUCAGGAAAGUAUUGUUCAAGGUCUGAAUCAAACUGGCACGGACUUGGAAGCAGUAGCUAAAUUUCUUGAUGCCUCUGGCGGAAAACUUGACUAUCGUCGCUAUGCAGAGACCCUGUUUGACAUCCUGGUGGCUGGUGGAAUGCUGGCCCCAGGUGGUACUUUGUCCGAUGACCUGACUCGUACAGAGUUCUGUGUUUUCACAGCACAAGAAGAUCUCGAGACCAUGCAAGCAUAUGCUCAGGUUUUUAAUAAGCUAAUCCGGCGUUACAAGUACCUGGAAAAAGGGUUUGAAGAGGAAAUCAAGAAGUUGCUGCUGUUUUUAAAGGGUUUCACAGAAUCUGAGCGCAACAAGCUGGCGAUGCUGACUGGCAUUCUACUGGGGAAUGGGACCUUAUCUGCCUCCAUUGUAAUCAGUCUCUACAAUGAGAACCUGGUCAAGGAAGGUGUCUCUGCAGCAUUUGCUGUAAAACUGUUCAAAGCCUGGAUUAAUGAGAAGGAUAUUGGUUCCGUGGCUAGCAGUCUGAGGAAGGUUGGCAUGGACAACAGAUUAAUGGAACUCUUUCCUGCCAACAAGAGGAGCUGUGAACACUUCUCUAAAUAUUUCACCGAUGCCGGACUAAAGGAGCUGUCUGACUUCGCCCGGAACCAGCAGUCGAUCGGCGCUCGCAAGGAGCUGCAGAAAGAGCUUCAGGAACAGAUGUCACGUGGGGAGCCGUUCAAAGAUAUUAUCUUUUAUGUCAAAGAGGAGAUGAAGAAAAACAACAUCUCCGAGCAGACCAUGAUUGGCAUAGUGUGGACAAGUGUGAUGAGUGCUGUGGAGUGGAAUAAAAAGGAAGAGCUGGUAACUGAACAAGCCAUGAAACACUUGAAGCAAUACAGCCCUCUCCUCAAAGCCUUUUCUUCCCAAGGCCUCUCAGAGCUCACUCUGCUGGUCAAGAUUCAAGACUAUUGUUAUGACAACAUUCAUUUCAUGAAGACCUUUCAGAAAAUUGUGGUGCUUCUUUACAAAGCGGACGUAUUGAGUGAAGAAGCUAUUCUGAAAUGGUACACCGAUGCCCACGUUGCUAAAGGAAAAAGCGUUUUCCUAGAGCAAAUGAAGAAAUUUGUUGAGUGGCUCAAAAAUGCAGAAGAAGAAUCGGACGAGUCGGACACUGAAGAAGGCGAUUAAACCCUGAAAGAGGUUUUGCGUUUUAAAUAAAGUAGCAACAGGAGCUGUAGAAUGUUUGUUUGUUACAGGAGUGCUUGUCUUUAUUUUUUUUUUUUUCUAUUCUACCUCCUUGUUUUUCUGACUAAUGUUUAGAUGUAAUUAAGGGCUUUCCCAAAGUUCAUUUUAACUCCUUUUUUAUGUCAAAAAAAAGUUCACACCUCAUAUAGCGUCUUGUGAAUGUCUCCCUGUCGCUGUCAAAUUCAUUAAGUGUAAUUACCAAUUUAGGAUCCUGCAGAUUACGAUACGGUUAGCUUCCCUCUCCCAAAUUCAGUUCCUCCUGAAGUCAUAAUAAAUGUAUCAUAUGUGCCACCUCACUUGAAUUACUGUUAUGAUUCGGGUUUCAUAUAAUUCGUAAAACCUGAGUUACAAUGGCUUGUUUAUUUCUUGCAUUUCCCUGUUCCAAAAAGGCAUUUAAAUUGGACAUUAUGCUACCUUUUUGUUAUUUUUGCCAAAUUAAGAAGCCCUGAACUAUUUUGUGCAGACAAAUGUUUUGGUUUUGUCCCACUUUUUUCGUUUUGGUCUCCUUGGUUUAGUUCGAAUACUGAAAGAAUAUAAAUGGAAUUGAUCUCGCUAAUGUGUCACUGCUGUGCUUAAGCAACAUACCUGGUUUAAAAUAGUGGCAGGAUUUGUUUUUUGCCCCAUUUAUAGGUUAUUUUAAUAAAGGAUGAUUUAAAGGA